UCCGGUCAGUAUUGCUGCACGUGAAAUGCAUCAAAUUUUAGGCAAAUGAAUUCAAAGUUUUUAUGCUGUAUUAGUGAAAAAAAAGCAUGUAGGAUUGUUUAGUUUGAAUCAAGGUGUAAAGUGGACACGUUAGAGUAUGUUGUCUGGCUUGAAGCGGUUGUCUUGGCCGGUUUUAUGGCGAAAUUUGGCUCCCCAAAUUGAGAGGCCAUUUGCUACCAAUGUUGCUGCAAACUAUGAUGAAAUACCCAUUGUCCACAUCAGUGCAACAUAUAACAACACAAUCUUGACCAUAACAGAUCAUGCUGGCAACACUUUAGGAUGGAAGUCAGCCGGUGGUGAAGGUUUCAAGAAUGCAAGAAGAGGAACAAACUUUGCUGGACAACAAGCUGCAAUCGCUGCUGCUAAGAGAGCACUGGAUCUUGGUAUAACACAGGUGCGCGUAAAAGUGAAAGGACUAGGACCAGGUCGCAAAUCCUCUGUGAAAGGCCUUGAAUUAGGAGGACUUAAUGUAUUCUCGGUCACAGAUGUCACACCAAUACCGCACAAUGGCUGCAGACCCAGGAAAGUUAGAAGGCUUUAGUUGGGAGAAUGGACAAAGGGUGAAUUAUAUACAGUCAAGUCAGUUUAACAUGGAACAAAGCAACUCAUCAUUUUAUUAUGAAAAAAAGGACCUGCAUCAUUGAUUGUGUGCCAAUCAGGAUGUGGCCUAUGUCAAUGAGGUAGAAGGUGUAUUAAUCAGAAGGUGGCAUUAGUCAAAAUAAAAAAAAUGAUAAUAAUUGAGAUAAAUCUAGCCAAAAUAUGCUCAGAUAAACCAGCCUAUGGAGGGAUGAUAGUCCAGUAUUGCUAGAAUACAUAUAUACAAACUUUUUAAAUCUCCUCUGGGCUCUGUCCAGUUAAAUAAAGCCACCUGAACGCAUUUAAUAUUAAUUACUUU